UCAGAACGUAAGUACACAGAUAAACAUGAAUGGGUUGUUGUCGAAGGCAAUGUAGGGACUGUAGGAAUCUCAAAAUAUGCUCAGGAAGCCCUCGGAGAUGUUGUUUAUGCCCAGCUCCCUGAUGCAGGUACAGAUCUUUCUCAAAAGGAUGAAUGCGGAGCAUUAGAAAGUGUAAAGGCAGCAUCAGAAUUAUAUUCUCCUGUUUCGGGCAAAGUUACUGAAAAAAACUCAGCUGUAGAAAAUUCACCAGCUUUGAUUAACACAUCAUGCUAUGAUCAGGGUUGGUUAUUCAAAGUAAAUCUGACGAAGCCUGAAGAGGUGAAUAAAUUGAUGAGUGAGAAAGAGUAUGAAGAGUUUUUGAAGAGCGAUCACCAUUAAAUUUGGUGCAUUU